AUGAAGAAGCGCCUUGUUGCAGCCAGUACGGAUCCGAAUGGGUUGAUGUCUUUUGGAUCACAAAUGUCGAAUAACUUGAAUGAUGUCACCUCGCAACCUCCUGACUGUCCCUUUCCUCCAAAACCCUGCUGGAGUAGUGAAUCCCGGCAGCAAUUCACAGCGCCAACUAACAAAAUUGGUGCAGGCCUGGCUACAUCCUCCAAAUCCGAAUGCCCUCCCGGUACAGUGGACGAAAAUCGUAAUUCCGUCAGUUUUGUUCCUCCAGUAACCAACCAAAAUCAGUCUGCUGCUCCCAAGAAGCCUGAUCUUAACCACGUGUCUGUGACUCCCAAUCAGUUUAUUGAGGCUUUACUCCAUAACCCCCAGUUAGCGUCGAGAGGAUUACAACCCCAGCAUGCCGCUUUUGCCCAACUUUUGUUUGAAGAAAUGACGAAGAACCAACUUGCCCAGCAACAACAACAAAGUCGCACUCACCCUCAAAGGGCCACUCCCGAUAAACUGCUCAUCACAUCCAGGAGUCCUCCAUUGCGUUCUCCACCGGAGCCAAUUCGGGGAUAUGUUGAUAAUGCUCAUUCCAGGUCGCGAACUUCAUUUACCCAUUCUCCAGCACUUCAAUCCCCAUCACCUCAUCCCUUCCCCCCACCGUCACGUUCAUCCGGUGCCUCACGGAACCCACCCAGCCGACCUCUUACAGCCUCCGAGUACAACACCUCCCCUUCGUCUUCGUCUUACAACCACCAGCUUCGCUUGCCCACACCUGCAGAUCAGCAAGUGAAAAACCACAUCGACAAAGUGCGCCAGACAGCACCUCUGGCCUCUCCGCAAAUGGACAAGCUGUACUCUACUGCCCUGUUGUACCUGAUGGCAAACCAACAGCCUCAGCAGCAGCAACUGCUUGGACACACAUCACAGCACCUGUCAUUUCCUCCGCAUUCUGACAACGAAAAGAAGCUCCUAAUUGAUUACUCGAAAGUAGGUGGAUUCGAUGUGACGCGAUACGAUGCUGCGUGUCCCGAAUCGGGUCAAGCGCAAUGGAAAAUGGAAUCGCCACUGAGCUCGCGAGCUCCGAAGAGUGAUUUAUGCAGUUCUCAAAUGCGUCCACAAUCUAGCGAGCCGUAUACACGUCCGAUCCCUCCCCCGGCUACAUCUGUCGACCCCGCGUAUUACCCUUGGCCCAAGACGGAGCCUUCAUCAUCUUCGUGUUCCUUUUCUUCACCAUCAAACUACUCCACAAUUGAUAUCCUUCGGGAGUCUAAGCAAGCAUCUGAGUCCAUGAAGCCAACCAACAAACUGCUGACAACCUCGGGUGUUUUUUAUCCGGAAAAACAACAGACCGCGCAUCCACCUCCUGCCCCGCCUUCGUCUUUGACAUCUUCGAUAAAAAAACAGUCUGACGCGGUUGACCAUCAUUUCCGAAUGGCCUUGAGUAACAGCCGAGGAAAUAGCAAGCCUGAGUCACCGUCACUCGGAAACGCAAACCUUGAUGGCGUAACUGUAGAGGGCCAGAAAAAUCCCCCUCCAAUCUCGCAGUCGUCCUCGAUGGCUCAGGCGGUCCACCAUGGUGUAUCCUCGUGCUCCUCUUCCUCCUCCAUCAAUUCCAUGACCCUUUUAGACCGAGACGCCAACUCCCCGGGUCGAAAACCCUUCCUUCUGCCACCGCCAAAGUCGGAGAAUAGAAUUAACAAUGAAGCCUGCAAGUUCUCGUUGAAGAAGAGGCUGAUCCAGCGCUACCAGGCGGAUGCGACAACAGAAUUGGCUGCAGAGUCUGCCGCAGCCAAACAAGUCAACAUACCCGAAAAACAACAACAACAACAGCAGCAGACAAAGCCGGAGCCUGGGGCCAAUUCAACAGAAAAGUCCGAGCCAUCGAUCGCUUCUUAUGCCUUUUUAUCAUCUUCAACUUCCACAGAAGUCCCCAAAGUGAAGGAGGAAUGCCCCUUUCCAUCUGCUCGCGAAUCCCCCGCCUCGCCUGUAGUCAGUCCUUCUGUUGUAAACGGGUCCGAUUUGACGCCGUCAAAGGACUCAGCAGAUACCACAACCUGCUUCGCAAAACGCGGCGUCAAUUAUGCCACCCGUCGCCAUCCACCUGUGAGGGCGUCGAAGAUAGCACCGCUUAUGUGCUCCCUCAGCGAGACCUCAUUGCCCUCCACAAUGACAGCUUCCUCCUGCAAAAGAGCUCGCGGUUCCGUCGCGAAGCAACACUAUGGUGUCAUCACUGCGCGAAAACGGACUACUGCAUCAAGAUCUAGCAGAACCUCGCGCACGAAGACCAACAAACCCCGAUUCUACAACAAUAGAGUGUCCUCGCCCGCAGCAGCUAGUGACACUGCUAUACACGGCGGCUCCAGAAAUCGGACCACCUCGGUUCGAUCGACGACUGAGCAGGCUCAGUCGGAGUUUUAUUUCAAUGGGCAAGACGAAGAUGGCGAGUCGAUGAUUGUGGAGGAAGCUGGCGAGGGCAGCAGGGGCGCGACUACCAAUCGGAGGUGGUUUGGGACGCGAAAACGGAAGUCGAACUCCGCGUUUUCGGGUCCCCCGCUGCGGGUCAAGGUAUCUCGCAGAUUCAUGGAGGAAGGAGGGCCAGCGAAACGACCAAGGUGGUCCAAGCGCUCGCUAACUACUCGAUCCCAUGGCCAGAGCAAGACCGCCCCGAGCGCUCUCCUUAGAAAUUACGCCGAGGUGGAUGAGGAGUCAGAAGACGAAGGCGAGGAACGGCGGGCAGAGGGAGAGAAGGCGUACAACACGGCAGAUCUCGACACAACGAUUCGCGCCGACCAGGAGAAUUUUGGAGAGGAGGUGGAAGAGGAGGAUGGACGUGGAGAGUCGUUGAUUUGCCGCCGAUGUGGACAGUCUGUGAGAGCAAUCGGUUCAGGACAUCAGACGGACCGAUUCGAUUUUCAAUGUUGCGAGGAGAAGCUCUCACUUGAGGAAAUCAGGAAGAGACUCCCUCCACCGCCUGAUUUGGCCGUCCUCUCGCAUCGUUCCCUCUGCGGUGGUGAGUUGGGUGGUCGCGAUUCGGACGCCGUCGGUUCGGACACCGAGGUUCCGUUCCUCCAGUUGAACAGCUGCACUGAGCUGGAAAAACUGAAGCCCUCUUUCCGCUGUCGGGCCUGUCGGGAGGCAUGCAGACUCGCGUCAACCACAACCGUCGAAACCAACACCAGCAGCGACACCUCCUCGCCCAAGAAUAACGCCCGCCGAAGGGGCAUCCAUAAUCGCAACCACUCCGCAUCGCGAGGCAACGGUGAACCUGGAGGCGACUCCAAGGCCGCACUGGCCACCGUCUCCGUGUUUUGUCGAUUCUGGGGCUUCCGAAAGCUCUGCUACGACAACAAGGGCCUUCUGGGCGUUGCGGAUUUUUGUCGAACCUCGGAGGCAGAUGCGAUCGACCGUUCGUUGUGGGCUAUGCAUCACCGCGUAUCUCCAAGCCUCAGCCGACACAAUGCAAUUUACUGCCUCGAGCGAUUAGGCGCUGUGGCGUGUCGACUUAUGCUCUCCGAGUUAUCCAUCCUCUCUUCAUCCACCACAAGCAGUGGGCCGGUCAUUCGACAGUGCUGCCCAACUCCUGCCAACUCCUCCAGCAGAACCUACAUCUCGCCGUCGCUUCAGGUUGCCUGGAAGCGACCUGUCCAGGGGGUUAGAGAAAUGUGUGAUGUUUGCGAAACGACCAUGUUCAAUUCGCACUGGGUCUGCACUAAGUGUGGAUACUCCGUUUGCUCCGCCUGCUACUACGCCAAGGCGACUUCAUACGCCAAGGCAAAGGAUAGCCCCGAUCCUCUGGGCGAUGCCACGUCAAGUGUCGCGUCGACGACACAGGAGAGCGUUGCUGAUGACGAUGGAAUCAAGUGCCUAUCGUCUUCGGUAGUCGAAUUGAGCUACGAGGACUACUCUGUGCGUCAACCUUGGUCAACGUGUUCGGCAAGCCGUCGACCACACGACCCGUGCAAAAUGAUGCUCACGGCCCUGCUUCCUUACGGCAGCCUUCAUCGCUUGUGGCAUCGCCUUCAUCGGAUCGUUCCGCGUCUGGACUGCCCCUGUGCCUGUGCCUCGGCUGAACCCCCACCGAAUACCUCGUACUCUCCCGCGUCCUCCACUGACACUUCAGCGGCAACGUCCCUCGACCUUCUGGCGGAUCUCGCCCUCAAGUCUACGGCGUCUAGUGGUGAUGGCUCGCCCGAGGACGGCGCAGCACCGGACGCGGAUGGAGAACGAAGAGAGUGCAAUCAGAAGGCCGGGUCCCCGGGCGUGCUCUAUCUCAGAGACGGGGAUUCUGGCAACUCGAAGGCCUUCCAGGGCGAAAAAAUACCUGACAGGCGGUACAGCGUGGCAACGGUCAUCGGCUGCUGGUACAAACACAAACACCGCCGUGCGCCCACGUGUCGCGGCUUUGUUCGCCGUAGCGAACGCGCCGCCAGCCGCAUGUCGUUUCUGCGCCAAACACGCUUUUUCAUCACGGCCACGGCCACGCAGGAGUUACUUAAACCAGCGCCGUUAAGCCGUGGUCUCGAAUCCGUCCCACCACCAAUCAACUUUUUGUCCCCUUCCUUCCAGCGUCACUGGGCAACCAACCAACCGGUCGUCGUCACGGGCUGUGAAAAGCACUUCAACGCCUCCCUCUGGACCCCUCGAUCGCUCAGUCGAGAGAGCAGCUCCUCUUCGCACAUUGUGCUCGUCGAUUGCGAAACCAACCUCAUUGUGCCUCGACACCCCGUCCGAGCCUUCUGGGAGGCGUUUGAGCCCCAUCCAAACAAUUCGAAGCGUUCCUCGGCAAAGGAGAGCACGAAGUCGAUGCAGCACCUGAAGAUUCGCGAGUGGCCUCCGCUGGGCGACCUGGCUGAGCUGCAUCCGGAUCGAUACGCGGACUUCACCGCCCACCUCCCAAUACCCGAGUACACUCAUCGCGAAGGUGAACUCAACCUGGCAGCUCGUCUUCCCUCCUUUUUCGUCCGACCUGACCUCGGUCCGCGGCUCCAUAUCGCUCAUGACCUUAGCUCCCAACCCAAGCCAAUUCAGAAUCGACUUCUGGCAGGCCCCGUCUGUGUUGAAAAGGGCACGGCUUUUGCGCGAUGCUGUGUAUCAUGCAUUCGGCGCGUGACGCGCACCAUGUGGGCCAGCGGCAGUCACUUGGGUGUUGUUCCCAGCCCCGUGCACGCGGUUCUACGUUCUGCGCCGUGCCGCAUCACCCGAGUUGGCACAAUGAAUUUGCGUGUGGACGUGACCGAUGUGAUCAACGUUUUGAUGUACACAAGCCGGUCGACAGAUCAGGCGCCACAGAAGGCCGGCGAGGGUCAAUUGCGUGCCUUCCUCAAGUCCGCUGGUGUCGACGUCUCCGAGGUUAACGGCAAGUGCAUCUCGAGUGCAUCGUCUGCCAGAGGCAAGUUCCCCCAGCGAAUAAAAGUGUGCCCGCGGCCAUUGAAAGGGCUGCCUGGCGCUCUGUGGCACGUCUUUAGGCCGUGUGAUUUGCCCGCGCUGCGGGACUACCUCACCAAGCUGAACAAGUCCUCCGCCAGCCCGCAGUACCGCGGCAGUGAGACCGCUUCCAACAGAAACUCCUCCGCCCACGCCGUCGGAGGAGACGUGAUCCACGACCAGAGGAUGUACCUCUCCCAGCAGCAGCUUGAAGACCUGAAGGCGAAAACCGGCAUCAAACCCUACACCGUGCUGCAGUUCCUUGGUGACGCCGUUUUUAUUCCCGCUGGAUCAGUGCAUCAGUUUGCCAGGGGCAAUAAAACUGCCUCGGCCUGGGGCGAAAGCCUGUUUUGUGUGAGUGUAAUUAAAGGCGCAGUGACGCGACGCGCCGCGCCGCGCCGCGACAAACUCGCCUCCACGCUUGGUGCUGCAGUUCGGAACUUGGCGAAUUGCGUCAACGUCUCCUCGGAUUUCAUCUCCCCCGAGCACGUUCCACAGUGUCUCGAGUUGACCGAGGAGUUUCGACGUCUGCCUCGGAAUCACCCUUGCCACGAGGACAAGCUGCAGGUGAAGAACAUGAUCUACCACACCGUCAAGGAUGCCCUGUCCACGGUUCUUGAUUCUGAGACCACAGACCAUUGA